AUGGCCCCUUCCUCCUCCUCGCACACGCCCAUGCACCCCAGGUCGACCGAUGCCUCCGACGACAACAACGACAACGAUGGCCUCCUCACGCACGGCAGCGACAUUGUGAUCAUCCUCCUGCUCGUCUGCGCCCUCGUCUUCGCGCUCGAAAUGGUCCGCGGGAAGGUCGCCGCCGCCCGGCGCGCGCGAGCCAUGCCACACCGGACCUCGAGGUCUGGUACAGGCAGCAGUGGACUACCCGUGGAGGAGGAGCCGAGUGCGAGGAGGAGGAAGCGCGCGAAGGUCCCGCCGGCGUGGUUUGAGGUGUGUGUGGCGGGGGAGGGGGAGGGACGGUGGGAGGAAGUAAAGCCGCUUGCGUACCGAUCCCUCCCUUCCUUACCGUGCUCCCAAGAAACGUUCAGGGCGAGGGCAGGCUGCGCCCCCGCGUUUGUCAAGACUCAUUCCUUGGCCCCCUCCGCGUCUUCCACGUCCUCCGAGUCCUCGCCAGAAAUCGAGAUGUCCGAGAUGACCCAAUCUCAGUCCCCGUCACAGAGCACGGCGGGGGAGGUCGUCGUCCUCGUUGCGAUGCCGCGGCCCAGGACUAGUCAUGCGGGAUGGGAGGAGGAGACGAGGCAGCUCGAGCUGGGUGUGGCGCGCUGGCCUGUCAGGGUCAGUGUGGAUAGAUGA